GCUGCAUGCUUGCCCAACAUGGCGGCGCGCUAGGAGCGUAACAUCUGCGUUUCUAGGUGCUUCGCUCUGCGGGUGGUUUAAGACUCUGAAGUUGUAGAGGUCUACUCCAGAUCGGUCAUUUGGAAGAAACUUUUGAGUUCAGAUAUGGCUCUGAGUAAAUCAAUGCAUGCAAGAAAUAGAUACAAGGACAAACCUCCUGACUUUGCAUAUCUGGCAACCAAAUACCCAGAUUUUAAGCAGCAUGUUCAGAUAAAUCUGAACGGAAGAGUAAGUCUUAAUUUUAAAGACCCUGAAGCAGUCAGAGCUCUGACCUGUACUCUCCUAAAGGAAGAUUUUGGACUUUCUAUUGAUAUUCCAUUGGAAAGACUGAUUCCUACAGUUCCCUUGAGACUCAACUACAUUCAUUGGGUAGAAGAUCUGAUUGGUCAUCAGGACUCUGACAAAAGUACUCUCCGAAGAGGAAUUGACAUAGGUACUGGGGCAUCCUGCAUCUAUCCUUUACUUGGAACAACAUUAAAUGGCUGGUAUUUCCUUGCAACGGAAGUAGAUGACAUGUGCUUCAACUAUGCAAAGAAAAAUGUGGAACAGAAUAAUUUAUCUGAUCUUAUAAAAGUGGUAAAAGUACCACAGAAGACACUCUUGAUGGAUGCUCUUAAAGAAGAAUCUGAGAUAAUCUAUGAUUUUUGCAUGUGCAACCCUCCCUUUUUUGCCAAUCAGUUGGAAGCCAAGGGAGUAAACUCCCGAAAUCCCCGGAGACCUCCACCGAGUUCCGUAAAUACAGGAGGUAUCACAGAAAUCAUGGCAGAAGGAGGUGAAUUAGAGUUUGUUAAAAGGAUCAUCCAUGACAGUUUACAACUUAAAAAAAGAUUAAGGUGGUAUAGCUGUAUGCUGGGGAAAAAAUGCAGCCUGGCUCCUCUGAAGGAAGAACUUCGAAUACAAGGGGUUCCUAAAGUCACCUACACCGAAUUCUGUCAAGGUCGGACAAUGAGAUGGGCUUUAGCUUGGAGUUUUUAUGACGAUGUUACAGUACCAUCACCACCCAGUAAGCGAAGAAAAUUAGAGAAGUCAAGGAAACCCAUUACGUUCAUAGUGUUGGAGUCUGUGAUGAAAGAAUUGUCCCUCAAAGCAUCAUCGCUGGGCUCAGAGGCAGUGGAAGGCAUAGUGGUGGUGACAGCAUGGAUUGAAAAAAUCCUCACUGACCUGAAGGUCCAGCAUAAACGCGUUCCCUGUGGAAAGGAAGAAGUUAGCCUUUUCCUAACAGCAAUAGAAAACUCCUGGAUUCAUUUAAGGAGAAAGAAAAGAGAACGAGUGAGACAAUUGAGAGAAGUUCCCCGAGCUCCUGAGGAUGUCAUCCAAGCCUUGGAGGAGAAAAAGUCCACCACCCCCAGAGAGUUGGGUAGUGGCCAAGAUUUGGCCCAGGGCCCCCAGGAGAGUGUCCCAUGCGAGCCCGCCACACAGGAAGGCGAGUCUGCCACUGUUGAGGGCCAUUGCUCAAACCAGGAUCCACUUCCCCAAGAAGAAAACCCAGAACACAUGGAGGAUGAAAGGAGUGAGGAGAAGGGAGGGAUGGAGGUUUUGGAGAGUUGUAAAGGCUCUAGCAAUGGAGCCCAGGACCGAGAGGCUUCUGAGCAGUUCAGCAGUCCAGUGUCUGAAAAAGGGAGCCAUCUCCAAGGAGUGGCUGGACAUUACCUAUUCAAGUGUUUGAUAAAUGUGAAGAAGGAAGUGGAUGAUGCUUUAGUUGAAAUGCAUUGGGUUGAGGGCCAGAACAGGGAUUUGAUGAACCAGCUUUGUACUUAUAUCCGUAACCAAAUUUUCAGACUUGUUGCUAGUUAACUGCUUGCACAAUUGGGUAAGUUUCUAUAAAGUAGCCUGCUUCAGGGUGGCAAGAGGCAUUCAUUCCACCAUAGGCCCACUGAUAACAUUAUGUGCAAUUAACUUCAAAAAAAAAAAAAAAUAAAUAAAUUCAUCUAUUUUAAAACA